AUGACAAACUGUGUGCUUUCUUACGCGUGGCUGAAAAGUCCAAUCGGGGAAAUUAUUGUCAGUGCUUGCUCAAAGGGAGUCCACCAGAUACAACUUUCUGCGACCUCUGACCCGUCAAGGCUUGAACGCUAUCAAAACAACAAAGUUGAAGUGUUAAAGAGUGAAGGUGUGAUGAAUAAACCUUUGACUGAAUGUACAGAAUGGUUAUCUAUAUAUUUCUCUGAUCUGACUGCCAUUACAGAGCAUACCUUGCCACCCAUGCACUUAACUACAACAAAACCAGACUCGUUCACUGCCAGUGUUUGGAAGACCGCUAUAGAUAAAGUUCCUGUCGGUGAAACGGUGUCCUACGGUGAGCUGGCUGCUAUGUGUGGGAAUCCCAAGGCAUGUCGAGCAGUUGGUGGUGCUAUGCGAUCCAACCAAAUUCCUUUACUCAUGCCAUGCCACAGAGUAGUUGGUAGUCAUGGUAACCUGGGUAAUUACAUGUCUGGCAAAGGCUUACCAAUUAAGAAAUGGCUUUUAAAGCAUGAGGGAGUCCAGGGUUAUUGA